GCAUUCACUGAGGGCUGACAGUGCAACAGGCAGCUGGAGCUGAACCCCCACACCCACUUACCUCCUGUGUACAAAUUCACUUCAUCCAUGGCGGGUAAGAUCCAGAGUCUGAGCGAGGAGGAGAGGGCUCACCUGCUCCCCCUGCUGCGCAACGCCCAGUGGGUGGAGGUGGGGGGGCGGGAUGCCAUUUAUAAAGAGUUCAUCUUCAAAGACUUCAACCAGGCGUUUGGUUUCAUGUCCAGAGUGGCUUUACAGGCAGAGAAGAUGGAUCAUCAUCCUGAGUGGUUCAACGUCUACAACAAGGUCCAGAUUACGCUCAGCACACAUGAAUGUGGGGGAUUAUCUCAGCGUGACAUCCAAAUGGCCACCUUCAUAGACCAGGCGUCUCUGAUGUGAACAAACCCCCCCAUCAGAUAACUCAACACAAAAAAUGUGACUCGUCUUAAAAAGACAUGACUGGAUGACUUUGAAUUCCUUGUGAUAAUUGUAACUGGUGUGUAGUUGGUUUUCUCUUUGACAGAAAAACAAAUUAACUGAAGGAAAUUAUUAAAUCCUGUUUACAAAAAUUCUAAGAACAGAAGCAGCAACCAUUCCAGAGAACGUUACAGAAAGCAUUCAGUCAUUUAUCGUUUAGUCCCAACAAGUGUCUUAUUGUGCCAACUGUUUUUCUAUGAUGUAAAAAUAAAUGUUACUUUUACUGCUUGCCACAAAAAGGCA